CGCAGAUUCUUUUGCAAUUAUUCGAAUAGAUUGGACGUAAGUUCGUGUUAUUCGGUUUGGUGUACAAUUUUUUUUGCUCGCCUGCUGUCUCACACAAGUGCGUUUUUGCGUUUUCGAGUAAAUUCUCCCGCUGCCGGUAAAACAAAUCAUCGUGUGAAUUAACCUUGCGAAUUUUGCGGAAAACAAUUUAAGAUAUGCCGAAAAUUCAGAAGUCUGCUCCCCAUUUCAAGGGAACCGCCGUCGUUAAUGGCACUUUCAAAGAUAUCGAUCUGACUGACUAUAAAGGCAAAUACCUAGUGUUGUUCUUCUACCCAUUGGACUUCACUUUUGUGUGCCCAACCGAAAUUAUUGCGUUCUCGGAUCGUGUGUCCGAAUUCCGCAAUAUUGGCUGUGAGGUUGUUGCCUGCUCAACAGACAGUCACUUUACGCAUUUAGCUUGGAUUAACACACCACGCAAGCAGGGCGGUCUCGGUGAUUUGUCUAUCCCAUUGUUGGCCGACAAAUCCAUGAAGAUUGCACGUGAUUACGGUGUGUUGGAUGAAGAAACCGGCAUUCCUUUCCGUGGACUUUUCGUUAUCGACCGAAGCCAGAACGGAGAAAUAGUUAGCAGACUACUUGCUAAUAGACAAAAAUAGACACUUCUUACUGUG